AUGACCCCCCAGAUUCGGUUGGCCUAUCGGCCUCCAAAUGCAACUCCGUUGCCAUAUACUGCAUCCCCGCUCAAACUCCUGUGGGAAGAUCUUCGCCUUGUCAUCCGUUAUGCCUGGGCUCUGCCUCUUGUGUUCUUUCCCCUUCGGUUGGGCAAAACCGCUCGACUGGAUGAGCUGCAUCCAUCAACUCGAAACGGGAUAUCAAUUGGAACUCAGGGCUUCCUCGCUGUCUUUCAAGUGUUUUUUCUUCUUUCCAUCCCAUUCACCGUGAUUUUCAUGGUCCCUGCUCUAUGGAUUCUUCUAUACAUCACUGUUGCACUAACCUUGAACUACGUCAUCUGCAUAGUCGUGUUGAACGGCUACCGCAGGGUCUUUGUGUCACAAGUCCCGAUUGCGGAGCAGCCUGCUCAUACCCAUGAGCAUUGGUUCUUUAUCAAUGGCAUAGCUGGCAGCCACAGUUGGAUGCAAGACAAUUUGGACCAACUUUCUUAUACCUUUGGACGAAGAAUCACGGGUAUUCAUAAUCGCACGUCAGGCAUCAUAUUUGACCUAAUCGAAUGCUUGAUUCAGCGCUGUUUUACCUAUGCCACCGCAGACAUACGCCAAGCGUACCCACUCAUCAAGAAGGCAUUGCUAGAUCCUGACAGUGAAAAGGUAGUCUUGAUACUUCACAGCCAAGGAGGAAUCGAGGGUGGCUUGGUAAUCGAUUGGCUCUUGGAUGAACUUCCUCAGCCCAUUCUAGAACAUCUAGAGGUCUACACUUUCGCGAACGCGGCGAAUCACUUCAACAAUCCUCGCCUAACAUUUGGAACUAAGCAAAAUGGGACCGACUCUUCCCGCCUUCCUUCGCGAUAUCAGUAUUCCGUUGGUCACAUCGAGCACUAUGUGAACUCAGCUGACAUGGUUUCGCGGAUCGGUGUUCUGCAUUUCAUCACUAUUCCCAAUAGAUACAUGGGCCGCCUAUUUAUCCGUGCAGGCUCUGGUCAUCUUCUAAAUCAGCACUAUUUGGAUACUAUGUUCACCCUGGGACCUGAUCACAAAGUGCUGGAAAACAACCCGUUCAUGGAUUUAGAAGUUGAGACAAAGUCAGAUUGCACACCGCAUGAUAACUGCGAGGAUACCCUGCUCCCUAUUUCCGCCACAGGUCUCCUUCAGGAAAAUCCACCCCCGAAACUGCGCGUCAAAGACUACAGCCGUCUUUGGCAUUAUCGGAAUGGAGGCCUUCCAUCGGACAAGAUUGACUGA